AUGACACUCAUGCAAGGCCACAACGCAAUCAAGGCAUCAUCAUCCUCUCCAUUCCGAACCACUGCCUUGUUGUUCGUGGUGAGCCUCAUCAUUCUGAUCGUUAUCAUUGGAAUGGUCGUGGAGGUGCUUGCGGAUAUUCCUGUUCAUUGUAUUCAUCAUAAUAUCGGAAACAAUGAAUGGAGGUUAUAUAUCUCACCACCUCUGUAUUCGCUACAGGAAGAUGAGAGAGCUCAAAGUAUUCAACGAAAACAACACAUUCCAUUAAAUUGCACUCGAAUGGAGAGAGAGGAUGUGGAUAUUGCGAGAGUUGUUAAAGUUUAUUUGCAACUUCCAAAUAUUGUGAGAAGUGAAAAUAAGAAUGGAAAUGUUAUUGGAACUUGGACUAUGGUUUAUGACCAAGGAUUUGAAAUUACACUUGUUCAGAAUAAUUAUGAAAUGAGCAUGUUUGCCUUUAGCAUGUUUGAAAAAGUGAAUAGCACGAGUGAGCUGAUUCGUUCCAAGUGUCAUCAAACAUUUGUUGGAAAUUAUAGAAAGAGUCCCUAUGGACAAAAGAACGCUGCUUCGUUUGGAUGUUAUUAUGCUGAAAAGGUUUAUCCCCAACCAACUGACGUGAAAGUCUCUCUUCCAAUUAAUACUUUACUCUACAAAUAUUAUGAUCCAAAGAAUCAAGGAAAAGGACUGAAUGUCAAUAAUGAUCCAUCAUUUGACAGCUUGGCAGAUGAGUUAGGAUUGGAUUUACGAUUGAUGAGAACCUAUGAUCCAAAGGAGAAAUUCAAAACAGAUCGAAACCUCAUUGAUUGGAUCAACACCCAAUCUGAUCAUUUGGGUUGGACUGCUCGCUCAUACUCACAAUUUGAGCAAUUCACAAAUGAAGAAAUGGAAAGAAUGAAUGGAGCUCGUUCCAUCUUGGUUGACAAGAGUGAUUUGAAAAAACCAGAAAACAAUCCAAUUCUAGAAGAGGAAACUUUCAAUAUUGCUUCAGAUGAGCUUGACCUCACACCACCAUUGCCAGAUAAUUUUGAUUGGAGAAAUGUAAGCGGUGAGAAUUAUUUGACAGAGGUCAAGAACCAAAGAUCAUGUGGUUCUUGUUAUGCAUUUGCAGCAGUGACAGCUAUCGAAUCAAGAAUUCGAAUUCAAACCAAGAACAAGCUCAAACCAUUAUUAGCCGUUCAAGAUAUCAUUUCAUGCAGCCCUUACGCACAAAAAUGUCAUGGAGGAAUUCCUUAUUCCAUUGGACGUCAUUUGAGAGACUUUACACUUGUUCCAGAGUCUUGUUUCCCUUAUACAGCAUCUGAACACAUUCCUUGUGAUUCAAAAUGUAGCAAUCCGCCAUAUAUUGUUAAAGUGAAGGAUUACAAGUAUGUGGGAGAUUUCUAUGGAGCUGGAAAUGAAGAGAACAUGCGACGAGAAAUUUACAGACAUGGACCAGUCUCUGUGAGUUAUUUGGUCUAUCCAGAUUUUAAAUAUUAUUCAAAUGGAAUCUAUAGACACUCUGGAUAUGGAUAUCCAAUGAAGAAAGAUAGAAUUAAGCAUACUAACAAUGGAUGGGAACCAACCACUCAUUCUGUUGUCAUCACAGGUUGGGGUGUUGAUCCAGUGACAGGCCAAAAGUAUUGGAAUGUAAUGAAUUCAUGGGGAAGAAAAUGGGGAGAAGAAGGAUUCUUCAAAAUAGCGCGAGGUCAAGAUGAAUGUGCUAUUGAGGCAGAACCUGUUGCUUUCUAUCCUCAAGUUAUUUAUACGAACGCAUGA